GCUCUAGUGCUGCCAUCUGAGUUCGUGUAGAAGUGUAUAAGCUAUUGUCCUGAAUAUUCUACUGCUAUGGGUUCAGCAAAGCCCUACAUUGGCUGUAAAAUAGGCUUAAUUUCAAAAGCUCAAAAUCGUUAUGAGGGGAUUUUGUAUACAAUUGAUAAAGUGAAUUCCACAGUGGUGAUGGCAAAAGUCAAGUGUUUUGGAACGGAGGGACGACCCACUGACAGACCAACACCACCAAAAGAUGAUAUCUAUGAGUACAUCACUUUUCGGGGAAGUGAUAUUAAGGACAUCGCGCUGUGUGAACCUCCAAGAUCUCACCAAGGCCUACCCCCGGAUCCUGCAAUAGUACAGUCAUCCAGUGCAGGCUCUCCGGGCAUCUACUCAGCUCUUGGACCAUUUAGCCCCCUAAGGAUGCCUGCCUACAACCAGCUUGCUGCUAGCUCUUUACUUAAUCAACAAUAUGCUGCAGCUCUUGGCCUCGGGCCUGUACUUCCAGGCUUGCAUGUUAGAAGAGGCCCCAUGGUGGAAAAGGCUGUUCAAACUCUCCAGGUGGACAGAUCUAGGCAGAGGGGAGGCUACACUGCAUCCCAGGAGCAGGAGCAGCAGCAGUGGGAGAGAAGGAGGUCCCAGGGGCCCAGAGGAGAGUUUUCCCAGACCAGAAGGGGCACUGGAGCCACAAUGAAGUCAGGCCCAGGUGUGCCCAGUGCUCAGCAGGAAACUCGGCAGCAGAAUUCUGAAAACAGGCCACCGCCCAGAAGAAGACAAGGAGCUCGGAGGCACAGAAACCGCAGUAGAGGCCAGCUGAUGGUGGCUAAUGUUCCAUCUGCCAUCCUUAAGUUUGACACAGACUUCGAUUUUGAUACCUCAAAUGCACAGUUUAUUAAGGAGGUGCAAGACAGGAUCAAAGAUAGAAAUCUUGAGGUAGAAGAGAAAGAAAAAGAAGAAUUGCAUUUGACUGCAGAGGAUGAUCCAUUCGGGCCAAAAUUCUACUAUGACAAAGCAAAGUCUUUCUAUGACAACAUUUCGUCUGACAAUAAGUUCAGACUAACCUGGGCAGAGGAGCGGAAGCGCAACAUGGAGACUUUUGGGGUCCCUGGACGGUUCCCGAGGGGCCGAGGCUUCAGAGGUGGCUAUGCUGGACGGAGAGGAUGGGGCAAUGCUCAAACUCUUUCUUCCUACAGAAGCAGGAGUGGACAGCUGUAAAGGUCAGAGUGUGAUACUAAGGCACUAAAGCAACCCCAUCCUCCACUGAUGGCUUCCUUUAUGUGUAAUAAAUGGGACUGUGUUACCCAUUAUGUUGAUCAGCAAAAACAGCUCUGUCACUGAAGGGUCUUUUCUUUUCUGUUUUUCUCCCUUAGGCAGUUAUCAUGCCCCCAUAUUGCCAGUAUUUUAUUUUUAUUUAUGCCCUUUUUGUCAUUUGGCCUCAUUGUGUAUAGAUGCAUGUCUUACCAAGAGGUCCACUUUAUGUGACGGUAGUUGUUUUUCCCUCAGAAUGCUUGCCUGAAAUGUUUUUUUUUUCUUUCUUUCAGUUAAAUGGACAAUGUUUAGUUUCUAUUUUGUUUUCUGCUACUUGGAAGAAUUUUACUCCCAAUCGUGUAUUAGUUUCAAGUUUAAAAAAAGGCUCCUGGGAGUACAUUUGUUUCAUUUCCUAAUGUUGUCAACUAUAAAUAUUAACAUAAAUGAACUAAACUUAAAUGUAUUUAAAGGGUAAAUAUUGUACAUUGUUCUGUCACAUUGAAGCAACAAGUUAAACUAAUGUAAAUAAACUGGAAAUUGCUGGUG